AUGUCGGCUCAAGUUUGUUUUUUCUUCCACAGUUCUGAUCCACGGCUAGCUUGGAAUCCUAAGGGGGCGUGGCCUGUCUGGGCUCUCCACGAGCCAGGCACUAUCUCUUGCAUUAUCGUGUCAGGGCCCUUUUUUCGAUAUAGAGAUUUGGAGUUUAAAGGCGCAGGGAGGAUCCUAUUGCCUGCUCCUUUAAGUUUUUUUCAAAGAAUAACCUGAAAUAACUUCUCGGGCUUUGAUAACGCGAAUCGGACGUUUCGGUGCAUUUCUAGUGACCACUUAAGUAGCGUCAAUGCUCUUAAGUGAUCUCUAGAAUUGCCCAGAAACGGCCGGUUUUUGUUUCCGAGUACCAAAACGGCUCUUCGCCUCGAGACCUUUAUAAUAAGCGACUAUGCUCCUUUAAAGCUUCCGAUGAAAUUUCGUAAACAUUUAAGCAAGAAGAGCAGAGCGCAGAUGUAAUAACAACCGGUGAAGCAGGACAGGAAUUGGAAAAUCGCAAAUGGUACCAUGGCGCCCUGCCAAGAGUUGAAUCCGGGUGAUUUCUUUCAGUUUUAUUCAUGUCGUAUGCGUUGCGGCCGCGAUGCGGUUGGAAAAAAAAAUUCACAUGUUUCUUCUGCACACAUACAGAUGGAAUUUAGUAGUUUUCGCUCUCCAAUAGCGUUUUUUACAAUUUUCGAGCUUUACCGACUGAAAAAUAGAUAUGAUUAUUAAAAAGUUAAUAUUUUUAGACCACUUUUUGAUCCGGUCCAGCACAAGAGUUGGCGAUUUUUCUGGUCCGAACUGCACCUUUACUUCACGGCGGCUUUCGCCUUUUUCUCUGCGUCCGGGUAUAUUUUCAAAAAAUAUUUGAAUAAAUCAGAGAAAAAAAUUGUCAGAAAAAGUCGAUAUUCCCGUAAAAAACUCACAAAACUGAACAAUCGCGCUCCAUCUCACUCCUUUUUUUUCUCUGCGCUCUCUCCAGUUAGAGAUGUUUUUUUCGCGGAAUCGUCGUCUUCCGCUUUUCCAGUGAAAUGUUGCUGUAAAGAAUUUGUUUUUUUUAGAUUUGCAUAAUAAUGAUGUCCAGAUUGGCAACAAGGGUGACGUUGAGAACGACGUGUUCAACAUAAUAAUCGUGAAACUGGGCGAAUCGUACCAGUUGAGCGGCGAAAAAACACCGGCAUUCAAGAGCAUUCCCGAUUUAAUCGCAUAUUAUCAGGUUUUUUUGAAAACUUAUCUUGUGAGAAUGUAUGCAAAUUGUUAAAAUUACCUUUUUCACUUUCUUAGAGUGUUUUUUUUAUGGGGAAUUUCGUAGAAAAUGGAAAAACUUUGAAAAAACCAUUUUAUCGAAAUUUAAUAUUUUUAUCUUUAUUUGCUCUUUUCAGUAGCUUCAACGACCGAAUUUCAUAAAUUUUUUUCUUGUGUCGCCAACAUCUUUAUAGUAACUUUAUAUAAAGCCAUGUUUCAGAUAACGAUUUUUUUCGUUCAUUUUUGGAGACUUUUUCGAAUAUUGUUUCGUUUUUUUAUUUUGAUUUUUAGUAGAAGAAAUUGUGGCGUAUAGUUAUUUUUUUAUAAAAUAUAUAUCUUGGAAAAAGCAUAGAAAUUUUUUUCUGUUCUCUGAAAAGGGAUUACAGUUUAAAAAAAUAUCGAGAAAGAGACUUUUUUUAAAUUUUUCCUGGUCUUUUUUUGAAAAAAAUGUUGUACAGGUCCAUCGGCUACCGUGUGGCGUGCGGCUCAAUAGCGGGGUCAAACGCGAGAGAUGGCUGCUGCGGCACAACGACAUCGAGUACGACGAGGUCGCCGGCCGACUCGGCUCCGGCAACUUCUGCACGGUCUACCGCGGGACACUCGUCCGUCGCAAAAGGACCGACGAGGCGCGCGAAGUCGCCAUCAAGGUCGAGAAACCGACUUGCAGUAUCUCAAACUCCGCCCCCUUUUGCGUAGAUGAAACCAAUCAGAGAGCGAGCAAUUCACAGAGCGUUGUAGGGGCUCGGAGUUUGACAAUCAAGGUCUAAACACUCUUAGGAACUCCAGAGUGGCCCCUAGAGGGGCAACCUUAGGGCCCCUUGGAGAGACCACUUUAACAAUUCUUUUAGGGGCCGCUGAAGCUUGCAAAAGUGGUGCUGUGGGGGUUUCAGUUAGUGACCCCUGUAGGGAACAUGCUGGUCGAUUAUUAUUAUGAAUUCUAUGCGAAAAAGCAUUUCUAUGGGAAAAACUGAAUAAAUACGCGUUUUUGAAUGAAAUUGAGAAACCUCUAUAGGGUCCACUCGAGCUUUAGGGGCUAGGGGUCAGACUUCAAACCCCUAUAGGUACCAUCUUGAUUCCACCUCUAUAGGGACCACUUUUUGGCCCCUGGAAAGGCUGUUUUCCGCCGUAACCCCUAUAGGGAUUACUAAGUUCCCUCCUUUACAAGAAUCUUCAUUUCUCUUUGUGCUUGAGAUUUCAUUAAAAAUUGGCCAGAAGAUCCAGAAAUUUCCUAGUUUUCGAAAAAAGACGAAGAAGUCAAAGAAAACCCUCAAAAUUCGUCAAAAUGAGCUUGCUUUGAGUAAGAAUUUUGACCUUCGGAAUUUCUACCUGAAGGAUUUCCAUGCGCAAUGUCCAGGGGACUCCCAAACCACCAAGGAAAAUGACAUUCCUUUGGAACUUUUUCAUAUUUUUUCUCUUUUUGUACUUCGUCAGUUGUUUUCCUUUCCUUUUGAAGCUCUCAUGCCCAUUUUUAGAGAGAAUCUUGUCGUGAAAAUAGAUAUAUUCACAACUUAGGCAAUUUUUUUCCUUCUUGAACAUUUCACAAAAUGUAGAUUAUCAUGAACUCGUUUCAGAGAUCCAAUCGGACCGAGUCGGAAAACCAAGGCGCCGAACUCGACGAAACACGGAAGCAGUUGAUCGCCGAAGCCAAAAUCAUGAAUCAGUACAAUAAUGAUUACGUCAUAAAGGUCCUCUAUGACGUCAUCAAUAAAUCAAUGACGUCAUAACUUGUAGUUCUACGGUCUAGCGUGUGACAAGCCUCCUUUCAUGGUCGUCAUGGAGUUUUGUGCCGGCGGAAGUCUGGAUAGUCAUCUGAAAAAAUUGGGGAAGGAAAUGGAGCCUUUCGAGAAGCAUGUCUAUUUAAUUGAGGUACUGUAGUUUGGAUGGGUUACGGUAGAAUCAGGUAAAAAAAUGUUUUUUUGGAACUUUAUGAGGACUUUGAGCCAUGAGAGCAUAAUUUAUUAAUUUACAAAAAUCAUGACUCUACAGUAAUCAACUUUCAAGGUACUGUAAUUUUUAGGGUUACUGUAGUCUCAGCAAACAAAAAAGGGACCCAGUUCUCUUGUCAAUAAAAAAGUAAAAUUUAGGUAAGUUUUGACUUUUUUCAAAACGAUUCUAAUGGUUGAAGGUUACUGUAGAAUUUUUUGUGUUUUAAAAGUUUGUACAGUAAUCUUGAAGUUACAGUAGCCUUCGAAGAAGUUUGUAUAGGCUGAAUUUCGAAUUUCUGUUGCAAGUUCUCGAUGUUCAUCAUGAACUUGAUUCAAAUUUUUCUGCGAUCGCAAAGUAUUACUACCGUAACUUUAAAAAAUGCUACAGUAAUCCUAAAUAUACCGUAGCCCUUCCAAUGUCUCAUUUUACAGACAGCUCGAGGGAUGCGAUAUUUACACUCACAAAAUUGCCUACACCGUGAUUUGGCGUCUAGAAAUUGCCUGAUUUCGAGUGAGGUACUGUAGUAAUCAUUUGAUACUGUGAAAAAGUACAGUAACCCAUUCUUACAGGGAGUCGUCAAAAUUGCCGAUUUCGGCCUGAGCCGAACGCUUCUCAAUGGAAACGUCUACAAGGAGGCGUUAAAGGAAGCGCCACUAAGGUGACCACUUGGCGAAAAAACUACAGUAUACCCGGUUACUGUACUUUCAGAUGGAUGGCGCCGGAAUGUAUUAAAAAAGAGUCGGAAUUCUCGUUUAAAAGCGACGUCUGGGCAUAUGGCGUCUUGAUUUUUGAGAUUUACACAAAUGCUGGCAAGGUUGGUGUACUGUAGAAGGAGUACGGUAGAAGAAUUUUGAGGAGGGGUUGGUAUUUGUAGAAAGUUGGUCCAUAUUGUUUGGAAUACAUUUUUUUUUGUAAAAAGUUAGAAAAUGUAUCAUAAGCAGAGUUACUGUAGGAUUACUGUAGCAGCAGCAUCGAUAACUGUAUUCUGUCACUGUAGGGAUACUGUAGCCAAGUUUCAAAUCGGUAACUUUUCACUUUUUUAAAGUUUGAGGUAAGGUUUUCCUAUAAUUUUUUUUCAUUUAUCAAACCAUUACCCUUCUACUCGUUCAUACUGUAGUUCCUACAGUAAUAUUAAAAUUUCAGCCGUUUGCCGAUGAACAAGACGAUAUGAAGAUUGUUAGGGCCAUCAAACAUGCGAAAAUGCCUCCACUUGCAGAAGCUCCCCCGGAAAUUCAAACGGUUUUAAAAAAGAUAUGGUAAGGGGGGGAUACUGUAGAUUUUCUACAGUAAGACUAAAAAAAAGGACCCUGAAGCCGGAGGACCGUCCAACCUUUCAAGGCAUUUUGGAACUUUUGGUCGAGUGCCUGAAAGAUUGCACGAUGGCGAAUGUGAAGAAAAUGCUGGUCAAUAAUAUUCCCAACGUUCGCCGGACCCGGAUGCCGGUUUGUACGGACUAGAGAAAGUGGAAAUUCAAUAGGAGAAGCUCAGAAUUUGGACACGAAGAUGGAAAUCCAACAAGCGUCCCAUACUGACCCAUCGUCGGACAAAAAUCGGACCUCCAGAAGGGACAAACGGCAGCCGAGCUCCAGGAGGAAGGUUCAGAGAGCAUUUCGAAAUAGAAUUUAGUUGGAGGAGUUCAAAUUGAAUCGAAAAAGAGUUUUGAAAAAAGUGAAUUUCUAAAGAAAAUGUAAGAAAAAUAGUCGCUGAAGGGACUUCGAUCCUAUCAAAAAAAAUGUGCACUAGACAAAAAAAAACAUUGAAAAAAAGGCCUAGGUGGUCUCGCAACGAAAAUGUAGAGCGAGAAGUCAUUAAAGGGAGUUCCAUCCUAUCAAAAGAGUAUACUAGGCAAAAUGAAUGGGAAAAAAAACGUCUGAGUGGUCUUCCAAAGAAAAUUUUGAGCAAGAACUCACUGAAGGGAUUUUAGUCCUUUUAAAUGAGUGUACUAGGCGAUCGAUAUUUUCAAAAAAAAAAGUCUGAGGGAAGUUUGAAAGAAUAUUUAGAGUAAGAAUUCACUGAAGAGACUUCAACCCUAUCAGAAAUGAGUAUCAGACGAGAAGAAAUUUGAAAAAAAAAAUUGUUUGACAAGGAGAUUUUCAAAGAAAAUUUAGAGUAAGAAGUCACUGAAGGGUCUGGAACCCUAUCAAAAAUAUGUAUUAGGCGAGAAGUAUUUUGAAAAAAAUAUAAGCAAUUAGUCACUGUAGGGACUUCAAUCCUAUCAAAAAUGAGUAUUAGACGAGACGAAAAGUCUGACAAGGAGAUUUUCAAAGAAAAUUUUCAGCAAGAAGCCACUUAAGGGGCUUCAAUCCUAUUUAAAAAGUAGAAUAGAGUUUUAAAAAUUUCCCAAAUAAAAAGCUUUAAGAGUACAUUACAAUCUGAUAAUUUGAAAGGGGUUUCAGACAUUUUUUCAAAAAGGCUAUAGAAAAUCGAUUGAUUUCAAUUUGAAACGCUGAUUUUUGAAGUAUGGCCUAAAAAAGACCAGUCUUUGUAGGGAAAAUUUAGCUCAAACCCAGCCGAGGGCAGUAGAACCGGAAAAAGCCGAAAAAAGCGGAGGCGAAAGAGCAGAGAAAUCUGAAUAGACAUCAGAGAAAGAGAGAAAAUUCAGCUUUUCUGAUGUCUCUCCAGGGAGCUGCUGUUCUCUCGUAUCUCCUUUUCAGUGCUCUUUUUCAAAGCUUGAUAACUUUCGAUAAAGUUAAAAGAGUCAAAAUGAUUGAAAGCGAGAUAGUACAGACGUGAGAAGAGACGACAGAGAAAGAGAGGAAAUCCAGCUUCUUUGCGGUCUCUUCAGGUUUUCGUCGUACUCUAACCAAAAAUAUGAUUGGGGUGAAGUCAUAGAACACGAGAGAUCAACUGCUGCCUGAAGAGAGGUCUGAGAAAGAGAGGGAUUCUAGCAACUCUGGCGUCUCUUCAGCAUACCGUUGAUCUCUCUUUUAAUUUUUUUUGUUUUGCUCUUUUUUUCUAAUGUGCAGAUUUUUUUUUUCUGAAAACUCUGAAUCAAUAAAUUACAGAAAAACGUUAUAAGUUUAGCAGUCGAAUGAUGUGACUGCGAGACGGAAGACAGUAAGGAAAAGAAGGAAUAACACGGUGAUUUAUUUCCUUCCUUUCGAAGUAAGAAAUCGUUUUUUCAAGGAUGCAAGCACUGUCGACAACACGCAGACGUCAGAAAUGCCCAAAACUAUUCAAGUAACUUUCGGAAUUUUCUUUUUGCCAAAAAGAAGGUUCAAAGGUAGAGAAGGAAAAAACGCCGACGACGGCGAAAAAAGCGGACGAACCCAAGGUGAUGGUCAAACUCAACAAUGUCCUUCAAUCUAGAGCGGUUCAUUUUCUUUUUUCUCACUUCAGAGUGGUCCCUAUAGGGACAUCCAACUCGAUAAUUGUUAUGAGCUCUAAGCGAAGAAGCAUUUCCUUAGGAGCUCCAGAGUGGUCCCUAUAGAGGCAUGCUUAGGGGCCUUCGGAGGGUCCCCUCAAGGGGCAGCUUUACCAACUCCUAUAG